UGCUGGAGAGUGUAAACAUUGAUUUCAGAAGGUUUAUUUUUCAAAAUAAAAGUGAUUAGACUUAAGAUUUUCUAGAUUUUCUCUAGUCAAGAUAGAUCUAUACAUUUAUUGAAAUUUCAGAAUUAAAGCGAUAUGGCGGUACAAGCUCAAGAUAAUUCUGGAAGACUUAAAGGUGUGACUGUGGUCAAGCCAGUUAUUUAUGGAAACAUCUCAAGAUAUUUUGGGAAGAAAAGAGAAGAAGAUGGACAUACACAUCAAUGGACAGUCUAUGUCAAACCUUACAGAAAUGAGGAUAUGUCAGCGUAUGUUAAAAAAGUAAACUUCAAACUUCACGACAGCUAUCCCAAUCCAAAUAGAGUUGUUACCAAGCCACCAUAUGAAGUUACAGAAACUGGUUGGGGAGAAUUUGAAAUCAUCAUAAAAAUUUAUUUCAACGACCCAAUGGAAAGGCCGGUGACAAUCUAUCAUUUGUUGAAACUAUUUCAAAGUGAGGCUGAUGUGAUGCUGGGCAAGAAAGCUUUGGUGGUUGAAUAUUAUGAUGAAAUGGUAUUCCAAGAUCCAACCACAAUAAUGAACUCACUGUUGGCUAAUACAACAUCUCUGGGCAUUGGUCCUUACAAACACGAAACAGAUUUCGAAGAAAAGAAAGAAAGAACUAAAAAUAAAAUCAACAACGCUCACAGUAAAAUCAGGUAUGAAAUUGAUCAGAUGAAUGAGAAACUCAAGAGGGCUAAGGACAGUAUUGCCAAGAUGAAAAAAGAGAUUGCCAAGUUGGAGGAAGGUGUCACAAUAGAUGCUGAUUCUACGUUAUAGCUGGCAGUCAUGGAAUACUGCAAGCUGAAUAGUGAAAAACUUUUCCACUAGUUUUCUUGAUUUCCAAGGCAUUCACUGAGGGGAUUAUAGACAGUGUUAUUUAUGAGUCUAAUAACUUGUUAGUUCAAAUCUCAGUGGACUUCAGUUCGAUGUAAAUACAUGUACAUUUUUGUGUUGUUAUGUUCCAAAGAUUUUAAAUGCAUUUUUGUUAGUAAGCUUGAUAUCUACAGUGAAUGGAUAGCUGUUUGGUCACCUGGUAUGCACUCUGGAUUGUUGUAUUGAUGGUCUCAAGUUUGAACCCUGCACUUCACUAUCCCCCUGCCAUCAUGUGGGAAGUUAGGUUUGGGCUAGGUUGUUUUAAUCUUCAAUUCUAAAGGAAUAUCCAUGAAAACAGGUCAACCAAACAAACAUAACUGUACAUUAAAUCAACACACACCAACAAUUUGAUAAAUAAAUCUUUAAUCAUUGCAGGUCAACUUUUUAUCAUUACAAAAGCUGUGGAUGAAAGAUAAACAACUGUGUGUAAAUAGAAAGCUAUUUAGACAUUUGUGGUGUAAUAUAAGCUGUUCUUUUUUUUAUUUUUUAACUAUUAAAUUUAAGAUAAAUUGUUGAACAUUGUUGAAAA